AUGGUGUCAUUGAAAUUACAGCGUAGAUUAGCGCCUUCUGUAAGAAUAAUUUGGAUUGAUAGAUCACCAUCACCAAUAAGAAAAACUAUGAUGGAACGCACAGCUGCCAAUUCAUGUAUAAAACUAGUACAAGAUGUCUGGUUAAACGAGUCAGACAACAGGAAUUUUGUAUUCUCUCCGUUCUCAAUCGACAAGGCUCUAGGUUUAAUAGCUUCCGGAGCAAGUGGUGAAACCUUAAAAGAGAUGUUAGGCUUCCUCAGCUCUGAAAGUCUCGACCAUCUAAAUUCUGUUAAUUCUCAACUCAUUGAAUGGCUACACGAACUAGGAACUGAACCCACACUUUGUUUUGUUAGUGGUGUUUGGAUUGAAAAUUCUUGUCCCAUCAAGCCUUCAUUCAAAGAAGUUGCCACCUCAGUAUAUAAAGCAAGUGCCAGGACCGUGGAUUUCAAACAUAAGAGCGAAGAGGUGCAGAACACGGUGAACACAUGGGUUCAAGAGGAAACAAAUGGAUUAAUUAAAAAUCUUAUUCCUGCUGAUGCAGUCAAUGAACAUACAAAGAUUCUAUUGGCAAAUGCACUCUAUUUCAAAGGACGUUGGAACCGUUAUAAUCAAUUUGACCCAGCACUAACCAAGAAAUCGAAGUUUUAUCUCCUGGAUGGGGAAACAACAGUACAAGUUCCCUUCAUGUCGUCCAAAAAGAGACAAUAUAUCACUUGUUAUGAUACAUUCAGAGUACUUAAACUCCCAUACAGAUGUUCAGGUACAAACAAAGAUGCUAGUGGUCCGAGUUUUUCUAUGUAUAUAAUAUUACCUGAGCAACGAGAUGGGCUUGGUGAACUUAUCACAAAGGUGAAUUCUAAUCCGGAUGGUUUUCUGAAUAGCUAUGUCCAAGCAGAUCAGAGUUUGGUGAAAACGGGCAAAUUCAAGGUUCCGAAAUUUAGAAUCUUUUUUGAUUUUGAAGCAUCCAGAGUACUCCAGGAAUUGGGUAUAGCUUUUCCUUUUGAUGAGUCCAAAGCAGAAUCGACAGAGAUGGUGAAUACUGAUGGUAGUAGUGGUGAAUAUAAUAAGCUUCAUGUAUCCAAUGUUUUUCACAAGUGUUUUGUUGAAAUUGAUGAAGAAGGAACUGAAGCUGCUGCCUCUACUGUUGCUUGUGGGCCUUUGAUGGGUUCCAAUGAACCUACACCACCUCCUGCCGAUUUUGUGGCAGAUCAUCCUUUCAUAUUCAUUAUAAGAGAGGAGGAAAGUGGUGUGGUGUUGUUCAUGGGGCAUGUCCUUAAUCCUUUGUUAAAAACGUCCUACACCUCCUCCUGUUGA